AUGCGUGGCAUCGCCGCAUUCUCCGUCUUCCUCUGCCACUACUUCUACACAUGCUUUGUCAUCGCCGAAGGCUGGGGCUCAGGUGGAAGCAACUACCGUUUCCUCAAGCUUCCCAUCAUCCGGCUCUUUUACUCAGGCCCUCCGAUGGUUUGUAUCUUCUUCGUCAUCUCCGGCUACGCAUUAUGUUUGAAACCGCUCAAACUUAUCCACUCGGCUUCUUUGCCAUCAUCAAAUUCAUCAUCUUCUUCCACUUCAGUUCGUACCAACGAGCACAAUCACAAUUACUCCAAACUCCUCGAAACCCUCUCCUCACUCGUCUUCCGCCGCGGCCUCCGGCUCUUCCUGCCGCCGGCCAUCUCGACCUUCCUCAUCGUUCUCCUUCUCCGACUCGGAGCCUACGAAUGGAACCGUGACUUCGCGUCCGACGAGAAUUUCCUGAGAAACGUCCAGGAGAUUCACUACGAGCGAUUCGAUUCUGCCACCGAGCAGUUUGUCGACUGGGGAUAUGCCGUGCUCAACUUUGUGCACCUGUGGGAUUGGGAUGAGUUUGCGGGGUCGACGGGGAUUGACGUCCAUUUGUGGACGAUUCCCGUAGAGUUUCGGGCUUCGAUGGUGUUAUUUUUGACGAUUCUGGGGACGGCGAGGUUGACGAGGCGGGUCAGGAGGGGAGUGGUGCUGGGGUGGUGUGGGUUUGCGUUUUUGUGGGAGAGAUGGGAGAUGUGUUUGUUUUGGAUGGGGUUGCUUUUGGCGGAUGGUGACGUGGUUAGGGAGAUGGAGACGAGAGGGGAGAAAGAGGGAAGGGUUCCGGGAGGUUUCCCCGCGGAGAGGAGCGGAGGAGGAGGCGUGUUGCCGGUUGUUAAGCCGGUGUUGGCGAGGACGGGAGACGUGAUGCUGCAACAGCAGCGGCAUCGGCAGCGACGUCAUCCCCAGCCACACCAGCAAGAGACAACGGCAGAAGGCCGGGAUAUGUCCUCGGAUAUGAGCAUCGUUGGGUCCGAGGACAAGGCUUCUCAUUGUCUCUCCCAUUCCCACUCUUCAAAGCACCUCCCGACAUUCACCCGCCACCGCUCCGGCUCCGAACCCCUGCUUUCCACCGCUCUCUCCAUCUCACACCCAUUAUACGAGUCUACUCGGUCACCAUCACCACAACCGCCCUCAGAAACAACAGCUUCACUACCUUCCCCGGCGCUCCUCCUCCUAAUCUCCCUCUACCUCCUCUCCCAACCCGACAUAAACUCCCACCUCACCCCAGGCUGGAUAACCCUCACCUCCCUAAUCCCCCACUGGUGGACAGAACACUACCGUUUCUAUCAAUCCAUGGGGGCAGUCCUGUUCGUCUCCUCCGUUUCCCGGUAUCCCUCGUCCGCCAACUCUUCCUCCUACGGCUCCGGCCCCGGAUCCGCCACCAUCAGUCCAGUCUCCGCCGCCAUAUUCUCCUCAAUUCUUAACCCCAAAACCCUCUUCGAAUCCUCCAUCGCGCAAUACCUAGGCAAAAUAUCCUACGCCAUUUACCUCGUCCACGGCCCCGUGCUUCACACCCUGGGUUAUACAGUGAUGAAAUUCACCUGGACGCAAGUGACAGGCACAGAGACGGACGGGCAGUAUGUCACAGGGUUCGUGUUGGCCAGCUUGGUGGUUGUCCCCCUUGUGGUGUGGGUGGCGGAUGUUUUUUGGAGAGGGGUGGAUGAGCCGGUGGUGAGGUUAGCGAGGAGGGUCGAGGAGAGGGUUGUUGUUGUUGGGGGGUUGUGA